CGGCGUUUCUGUUGUUGUUGUUAUUGUUGUUGUUGCCUCUGCUGCUCGCUUUUGGCGCAAUCGAAAGUUACGUUUUGGCUUUACGUAGACCGCAUUAGUUGUACGCUGAAUGUCGUCGACAUCAGUUCACAGUCUCCAAUUUGAAAAAAGAUCCAAAGUCAAGACAACACCAAUUCUCAACAAUAUUUGCGGAAAACUUGUGCUUACAGACAGAGAGCAAUUGCAGCUUAAAAUGGAGCUGGAGAAUUAUAUGCAGGCAUCGGCGUCUCCCAACAGCAAGCGUUUUGUCGUCGAAGAUUCCAUCACAAAGGUGACCUCCGACGGGGAACCACACGGCAUGAUGACCAUGGUGGCAGGUUUGUCGGGUCUAUUAGCAGCCAUUAUAAUACUGGCCGUACUUGUUUCCAUGGUGGCCUGUCGCAAGCAUAAAACCAAGAAGCAGCAGAACACAAACACAACAAUCGGCAGUGUUGUGGCAAUGACAAGUGUGGAAAUAUCACAGCCUCAACUCACCGGCAAUUUGAAUGCCGCAUUUGCGGAGAGCACACUGACCCUGAACGUCGAUGAUAAGGAUAAGGCGAAUCAACGCCCGACAGCGAUUAUUGUGGAGCGCUAUUAAGCUAUUAUUAAUCAAUUAUGUAUAUUAAUAUUAGCGCUGCGAGUGCACGUGAUGUUUGUGAACACAUGAGACUGACACAGCGGUGGCACCCUCGUGUUGCCGCCGCCACUUAGACAACUAAGCGAAAUCAUUUUAUAGCAAAACUAUUGUA